UCUUUGUGUAGUAAAAUGGCAGAAUCCAGUGUUUCUUUGGCUCAGGAGGAUCAGUUCAACUGUUCAAUCUGUCUGGAUCUACUGAAGGAUCCAGCGGCCAUUCCCUGUGGACACAGUUACUGUAUGAGCUGUAUUUCAGGCUACUGGGAUCAGGAUGAGCAGAAGGGAGUCUACAGCUGCCCUCAGUGCAGACAGACUUUCACUACAAGACCUGCUUUAGGGAAAAACACCAUGCUGGCUGAAGCUGCUCGUCCUUCUCAAUGCUACUCUGAAUCUGCAGAUGUGGAGUGUGACAUUUGUACCGGAGACAAAAAUAAAGCUGUUAAAUCUUGUCUGGUGUGUCUGGAAUCUUACUGUCAGACUCACUUUGAAAGUCAUGAGGAAUUUCACUCUAGAAAGUGUCACAAAGUGACUGAUCCUACUGGACGACUGCAGGAGAUGAUCUGCCCUCAACAUGACAGACUGCUAGAAAUGUACUGCAGAACUGACCAGCGCUGUAUUUGCAUUUUGUGUUUGAUGAAUGAACACAAAACCCAUGAAACUGUAUUACCAGCUGAAGAGAGAGCAGAGAAACAGAAACAUUUUAAAGAGACACUUCAGCAGAGAGUGGAGGAGAAAGAGAAGGAGUGUGAGGAGCUGAGAGCGGCUGUAGAGUCUCACAAGCGCUCUGCACAGACAGCAGUGGAGGACACUGAGAGGAUCUUUACUGAGCUCAUCCGCUCCAUCGAGAGAACCCACUGUGAGGUGACACAGCUGAUCAGAGAUCAGGAAAAGGCUGCAGUGAAUGAAUCUGAAAGACAACUGGAAAAAAAGGAGCAGGAGAUUGAUAAUCUGAGGAGGAGUGGCGCUGAGCUGGAGCAGCUUUCACACACAGACCAUCACAUACAUUUCCUCCAGAGUUUCCAGUCUCUCUCUGUUCCUCCUGGGUCUACAGACUCAACCAGCGUCAGUUCCUGUCUUUCUUUUGAUGAUUUGCUAAUGUUGGUCUCUCAGCUGAAAGGGACACUGCAGCAGGCUUUGAAAGAAGAGAAGGAAAACAUAUUUCACACAGCGAGAUACAUCAGUGUGAUUCCCACCGCUGAAUACGAGAGCAGGAAUGAGUUCCUACAAUAUUACCAGCAGCUGACACUGGACUCCAACACAGCUUAUAAAUAUCUUAGGCUGUCUGAGGGGAACAGAGUGGCGACUAGGUUGCAACGUGUUCAGCCAUAUCCUGAUCAUCCAGACAGAUUUGAUGGUUCCUGUCAGGUGAUGUGCAGAGAGAGAGUGUGUGGACGCUGUUACUGGGAGGUUGAGUGGAGAGGUUGUAUCGAAACAUCAGUGUCCUACCAGAGCAUGAGCAGGAAGGAACGGAAAAGUGAGUGUAGAUUUGGACGUAAUGAUCAGUCCUGGAGUGUGUAUUGCUCUGACUCCCGAUGUUUUUUCAGGCACAAUAACCAAGAGUUUAAACUACCAAUAGUGUCCAGCUCGUCUAGAAUAGGAGUGUAUGUGGAUCACAGUGCAGGAACUCUGUCCUUUUACAGCGUCUCUGACACAAUGAGCCUCAUUUACAGAGUCCACACCACAUUCACUCAGCCGCUCUACCCUGGGUUUGCGGUUUUCCGUGAUUCACGAGUAAAACUGUGUGAUCAAGCAUAA